AUUAAGAGACAAAAGUUAAAUUAUAAUUAUUAUUAAAAGAGUAUGAAGUUUUCAGUUUUGUUUAAUUUUGAUUAAUAGCUAACGCCUUAUUGAAUAAUAUAAACUAAUGUGUAGUAAGUAAUAAUUCUAUUUAAAUUCAUAAUGAUUAUUGCUUAAAAAAAAAUUAAAAUAAACAAAAAUGGGAAAUGCAUCAAGUUUAAAGAACCAUGUUGAAACAUCCAGAAAAACAGGUGUGCUAAAUUUAUCAGACAGUCAUCUUAAACAAUAUCCAGAUUCUAUUGACGUGCUUCAUCCUUCUUUAAGAAAUUUGGAAUUGUCUAAAAACAAAUUGAAAACAUUACCAAAAUCUAUUGGUCAAUUCAAAGAACUAAAAAUACUUAAUGUCAGCAACAACUCAUUAGAACAUCUACCCGAAGAAAUAAACUGCUUGUCAAAGAUUGAAACAUUACAGGUGAAUUGUAACUUAUUAAAAUCAAUACCUCCACUGAAUAAUUUGAUGUUUCUAAAACGUGCCUCGUUUGGAGACAAUCAGCUCAGUGUAUUUCCAGAAUUCUUGUGUGAAUUAAAACAUCUGGAAGCAUUGGAUUUAUCUAAAAAUAAUAUCACUCAAUUACCUGAACUUAUAAAACAGUCAAGAUUAGUUGAAUUAAACUUAAAUCAAAAUCAAAUUAGAAAAUUGCCAUCUAGCUUAGCACAAUGCCCCAGACUAAAGACUUUGCGCGUAGAAGAAAAUUGUCUAGAACUGGAUGAUAUUCCAAAAGAAUUAUUAACAUCGUCUAAAGUGUCAUUAUUAUGUGUUGAAGGGAAUUUAUUUGAUAUGAAAUCUUUAUUGGCGUUGGAGGAGUAUAGUAUAUAUAUGACGAGAUAUACAGAAGUUAAAAAAAAAAUGUUUUAAACCAAUUUUCUAAUUUAUCAUUGACUUUUAUUUGUAUACUAAUAAAAAACCUACAUUACCAUGCACAUUAAAUUUUUUAAAUUAAUGUUUCAUAAUUAAUUUUUUUACUUGCCUUUUGUUAUUUUAUAUUAUUAUAUUUGAUCAAACUAUACACAUUAUUCAUAAUAUAUUUUAUUGUAAUUUUUAGAAUUUAAAUCAAUUAAAAUAUUUAUUAUUUGUUAGUCUUAAACGGUUAUAAAAUGGGCCCAAUCAUCAAAGCAAAUUAUGCAUGUGUCUAAAUAGUUGUUUAAUUAAUAAAAAAAAAAAAAAAAAAUGCACAAUAAUAAUGUUAUGUAACAAUAAUUUAUGAAUAUGUAUUAUCUUUUUAAAAUCAAAAGUUGAUGCUAUUAGUUAUUAGUUUAUUAUAUUCUUUUAGCUCAUAAGUAUGAAGACAAAUAUUAAAAAAAAAAAUUGUUAUAAAACUCUUACAAAAUAAAAAAAUUAUUUCUAUUGUUCAAAUAAUUUUAAAGAGAAAAAAUAUAUUAUUUUUAUAUUUAGGAGUUUCAGCUUUAUUAAAUGUUAUUCCAAUAUAUUUGUCUUUUUAUAAAAAUAUAAAACUAAUGAAUCAAU